UCAAUUAUUUACAGAGCGCCCUCCGAGGCAAGGCACUCUGCUGUGUUGAGACACAUCUGGCACCUGGCAGGAAGGCAGAUCCUAUACCAGCUCAGGGGACGUUUAGGGUGAUGAAUGAAUGGAUGGAUGGGGGUUGGCUGGAGCUGGAGAUUCUCUGGCCUGAGGAGCCAGUGGGGAGGUGGUCAGAAGUAAAGAGGUGCACGCAGCCCAUGGCCCCCCCAUGGCAGGCAUUCUGUUAGUGACAGUCCCUUGGGGCUGUGGCCCAGCAUUGGGUCAUGGGCAGGGGCUGACUCUUCCUCCUGCUGUCUCUGGUCCUUCUGAGGCCUCUGUCUGCCGUGCCUUCUCCCACUAGGUCCUGUACACAUGUCCCUGCCACCCAUCCUUGGGUGAAGCCAGGACAUCCUCCCCCGAGCCCCUGACACCUGGGGGACACCUGGGAAGAGAAGCCCAUGCUCCGUGGAGGGUGAGGCAGAGACUUGAGCCCUCUGACAUCCUGUCCUCUCUCCCCUCUGUUCAUGGCCACUGUGCUUGUGUACAGUGACACAGAGGGUCGUCUGGUCACUGCUCAGAGGCCACCUCCACUGGGAAGUUCUCCCUGACUACUGUGUCAAAAAUAGCUUCUCCUUGGUCACGAUCUGUCACAUGGCCCAGUUAGACCCUUCCCAGGAAUUGUGACGGGCUGGGUUAUCUUGUCAGUCGUUAGAUGUUUAUGAAGCAGUACUCUGUGCCAGGCUCUGGGAGUUGGGGUGAAGUAGGGAGGCAAGGUUCCUGCCCUUAAUGAGGUUGCAAAUGAAACUGCUUUGGCUGCUGAGGGCUGCCAGGAAGAUCUGAGAGCUGGAUGGGGAGGGCGGGCCUCGGGGCCUCUUGGGACAGGCAGCCUUUGAGUCAAGAUCUGAAUGGCAGGAAGGCCCCAGUGGUGGAGUCUUGGAGAAGAGAAUUUCAACCAGAAAGAACAGCCAGUGCAAAGGCCCAUCGAUAUGAACAAACUUGGCCCUGCGUCUUCCCAGGUGACCACGCCGGCUUCAGGACAUGCACGGACACAGCCGCAACGGCCAGGCCCACGUGCCCCGGCGGAAACGCCGCAACCGCUUUGUCAAGAAGAACGGCCAAUGCAAUGUGUACUUCGCCAACCUGAGCAACAAGUCGCAGCGCUACAUGGCGGACAUCUUCACCACCUGCGUGGACACGCGCUGGCGCUACAUGCUCAUGAUCUUCUCCGCGGCCUUCCUUGUUUCCUGGCUCUUUUUUGGCCUCCUCUUCUGGUGUAUCGCCUUCUUCCACGGUGACCUGGAGGCCAGCCCAGGGGUGCCCGGGGCGGGCGGGCCGGCGGCGGGCAGUGGCGGGGCAGCCCCAGCGGCCCCCAAGCCCUGCAUCAUGCACGUGAACGGCUUCCUGGGUGCCUUCCUGUUCUCGGUGGAGACGCAGACGACCAUCGGCUAUGGGUUCCGGUGCGUGACGGAGGAGUGCCCGCUGGCAGUCAUCGCUGUGGUGGUCCAGUCCAUCGUGGGCUGCGUCAUCGACUCCUUCAUGAUCGGCACCAUCAUGGCCAAGAUGGCGCGGCCCAAGAAGCGGGCACAGACGCUGCUGUUCAGCCACCAUGCGGUCAUCUCGGUGCGCGACGGCAAGCUCUGCCUCAUGUGGCGCGUGGGUAACCUACGCAAGAGCCACAUUGUGGAGGCCCACGUGCGGGCCCAGCUCAUCAAGCCCUACAUGACCCAGGAGGGUGAGUACCUGCCCCUGGACCAGCGGGACCUCAACGUGGGCUAUGACAUCGGCCUGGACCGCAUCUUCCUGGUGUCGCCCAUCAUCAUUGUCCACGAGAUCGAUGAGGACAGCCCGCUCUAUGGCAUGGGCAAGGAGGAGCUGGAGUCAGAGGACUUCGAGAUCGUGGUCAUCCUGGAGGGCAUGGUGGAGGCCACGGCCAUGACCACCCAGGCCCGCAGCUCCUACCUGGCCAGCGAGAUCCUGUGGGGCCACCGCUUUGAGCCCGUGGUCUUUGAGGAGAAGAGCCACUACAAGGUGGACUACUCGCGUUUUCACAAGACCUACGAGGUGGCCGGCACACCCUGCUGCUCGGCCCGGGAGCUGCAGGAGAGUAAGAUCACCGUGCUGCCCGCCCCGCCGCCCCCUCCCAGUGCCUUCUGCUAUGAGAACGAGCUGGCCCUCAUGAGCCAGGAGGAAGAGGAGAUGGAGGAGGAGGCGGCUGCGGCGGCCGCAGUGGCCGCAGGCCUGGGCCUGGAGGCCGGCUCCAAGGAGGAGGCGGGCAUCAUCCGGAUGCUGGAGUUCGGCAGCCACCUGGACCUGGAGCGCAUGCAGGCUUCCCUCCCGCUGGACAACAUCUCCUACCGCAGGGAGUCUGCUAUCUGACCUCCAGGCCCGGCCCUCACCACUGCCCACAAGAGCCUCUGCCGGGGGUAGGAUGCCAGGACACCCCCUCCCACACUCAGGACAGAGCCAACCCUGGCUCCGUGGACCUUCUGGAGGAAGGUGGGGGUUUCAAAGACUGGGGGACCCCUUCCUCCUGACUCCAGCACCCUGGCCUGGGAAGAGCUCGGCCCAAUCAGCCUGGGUUCCCCCAGCACCUACUCCUGGUGGCUCUGGGUCCCCGGAUCCACCACCCUUCCCCCACUGACUCUUCAAGGACGUGCCCUCUUUGCUCUCAGAACCUUGGGGAAGGUGACUGGACUGCUGGGUGGGAGACAUCUCGGGGUUUCAGGGUGGGCAGGGGGUUAGUUUGGGGAGGGGGGUGCGUUUCUUUUGCAUGACUGUGGCCUGUUGCUCAUGACUUUCUUUUGUAAAUAUCUAUAAAUGGAGACAGAUGGAGACACCAAA